UCUCGAAGAAAUCUCUGUGAAGAGGCUUUGUUAAAAAUUAAAGGUGUUAUUAGCUUUACUUUUCAAAUGGCUGUUCAAAGAUGUGUGGUGCGAAUCCGUUCAGAUUUGAAAGCAGAGGCUCUGGCAUCAGCAAUAGCAUCAACCAAGGUCAUGAAAGCUCAGCAGGUGGUGAAGAGCGAAAGUGGGGAAGAGAUGCUGGUCCCAUUCCAAGAUGCCCCUGUGGAAGUGGAAGAGAACACAGAGCUGCCUGACUACCUGCCUGAGGACGAGAGCCCCACAAAGGAACAGGACAAGGCAGUGUCCAGGGUCGGCUCACACCCUGAGGGUGGAGCCAGCUGGUUAAGCACAGCUGCAAACUUUUUAUCCAGAUCGUUUUACUGGUGACUUCAGCUUCAGUUUGGGGCUCAAGGACUGUGCAAACCAACAGGGGGCCAGCUUUCCAUUGUGGUGAACUGUCAAGUGCAAUUUGCAAUAGGUUAUCAUGGAAAGUUUCUAGAUUACAUGACUGCAUAUGCUGCAUUUUACAUUUGACUGGACAUUUCCCCCACCGAAUGGUAAACAGGACAGAGCUGCAGGUGGAAUUGGUUUAUGAAGGUAUUUUGGUAUUGUUUUCCUUUGCUUAAUUGCCUCACUGUUUUCUGAAAAACAUGGGUCCAUUGUUAAAACCAAAUGUAUGUGCAGCUUUACAUUCUGUUUUACAUGAAGCAUGUGACUCGUUUUCUUCUCAAGCCUCAGGAGCUUUCUGAAGAGAAGUUUUGCAUAGCUCAAGUUGUGCAUGAAUUUUUAGCAGCUUUUCUUCAUGAACGAUACAUGACAUGUGCUUUGGUACCUUCUCUGAAAGUUGAAAACAUACCUAGUUAGCCCCCUUCUGUGCCUUUUUUAUUUUGCCAACCAUGUUUAUAGAAAGGACAUUAUUAAUGGCAUUUUGCAAAUGGAAUUAUAUUCAUUUGGAUAUAGCAGUACCUAAAAAAUGCUCUACAAAAAACUGAACAAUCUUACUUGCUAUAAUUUUAAUAAACUUACUGUAAGCCAGUUAAGACAACAGGGAUAUGAACAGCAGCAAAGUGCUCUUGGGAGAGUUUGAAUGUGACCAAGUGUGGCUUGGCUCAUGAGAAUUAAGCCCAUUGUGAUCUUUUGAGCAGACAUACCCUGUGGUGACUGUGUCCUGCCAGAGGAGAGUAAUAGGUUUGUUUUUUUUGUUUUUGUUUUAUUUCAAGAGAGGGUUUCUCUGUGUAGCUCUGGCUAUCAUGGAACUCACUCUGUAGACCAGGCUGGCCAUGAAUUCAGAGAUCCACAUGCCUCUGCCUCCCAGGUGCUGGGAUUAAAGGUGUGCACCACAACCUGACAAGAAAAGUAAUAAUGACUAGUUUAAAGAACUGACAAACUUGAAAACAAAGUUGGAUUCCUGCAGUGCUGCUUGGUCAGUCUGGCUUCAGACAUAAACUGUCUAUCUAGUACAUGCCCAUUCCAGAGAUGUUUCUUUUUAUUGCCUUUUUGUUGUUUUUAAGAAAAUACUGCAGUCAAAUUGAAUAAAACAAGACCCCAAAAUUGUUGCUUAUAGAGAAAGAAAGGCAGCACUGGGCACUUAGUCUUAUUUUCAUGUCUAGUCAGAAAAAAAUAAAUGACUUCAGUGAAGGUGAGAUACAUAAAUACAGACACAUGUUUCUGCUUUUUUGUGUUUUGUUUUUUUAAGGACUGAAUUACCUGUAUGUGAUGCUUUCUUAAGAUCCUAAAAUAUUUGACAACUAAUAUUUUCUUUUUAAAAAUCCAGCUAAAUCUAUUUUCAUGUCAACAUCACUAAAAGGAAGAAACUGCAGUGCACCUGUGUCACCAUGCAGAGCUGCUGUUUUGCUACGUGGAGAAUGUAAAGUGAAAUCAGACUCUCAAGGGUUUCCUUGCAUUCUUGUUGUUUCUCUUCUAGAGAAAAUUGAAAUCAUCCAGUGUUACCAGGGGAAAAAUCAUCAUAAAAUAUUAAGCCAUGAGAGCUUUUGAGUUCAUUAACAUUGUGGCUUUCUCUUUAGAAAUCCAGCUUCAAUAGCUAUAGAAAGGAGGAGGUGGUGGUGGUGUUUUAUUUUCAGCACAUCUGAUUCUGGCAGCAAGCAGUAGUAUGUGUUAGCAGUGUGGUACACAUUUGUGUCUAAGAUCAGACAAGUAGCAAAACAGCAGCUCUACAUGGUGAUGAAGGUGCACUGUAGUUUCUUCCUGUUUUUAGUGAUGCUGAUGUGAAACUAGAUGUAGCUCAGUUUCUAAAAAGAAAGCCACAAUUUUAAUGAACUCAGAAGCUCAUUUCAGCUUACUGAAUGAGGGUGUUGAAAGUAUGUAGAUCAUUUUUCCACGUGUCUGAUCUCUGACUCAAGUGGUAGGCACAAACAGAAAGCAGAAAUUUUCAGGGCACAUAGCUAAGACAUAAUACUACUUGCUGCCAGAAUCAGAUGUGUUGAAAAUAAAACAACAAAACCACCUCCUUUCUAUAGCCAUUAAAGCAAAGUUUACUUUCUAUUUUAACACAUUUUAAUUUUAUUUUGCAUUGUCACACAUUUAUUUAAAAACUAUAGCCCUUUGGUAGUGAUGGUCAAGACAGUUGAUAUUUCGAACUGAUGUUUGUGUGUAUCUAGAUGUUCCUUUAUUCCAGGACUCUCUGAGUCAAGGCGACUAUAAUGGCAGUUUUUGAAAUAUAUUGUAAAAUAAUAAAAUAACAAUGAAAAUUGA